GGGGGGGCUGAUCGAAGAUUGACGCGCGAAACGUGAAAAUCCAUGAAACGAACACGAUGAUAUUCGAGGUAUCGCGUUGUCGAUGUAGGAUCGCGUUCUGGGGAGGAUGAGAAGGAGCGGCCGAGCCGAGUCGAGAUUCUAAGAAUCGAAGAUAGUGAAUAUCGAUGUACCGCGGAUGGACGACGUGGGUGAUGAACCGUGUGUAGUGAACGAAUCUAUUAAAGUAAGUUUCCUUAUUACACAGUAUACAUAUAGGAAUAACGCACGCGGGUGUCGAGAAGGUGCUUCCGCAAUGUAAAUAACGACGCUGAGCGAACGUACGUAUCUUUCGUUGACUCGUCGGAUUAGUGUGACUCAUCGAGAAAAUUUCAGAAGGAUCGUGCCUGCCUCCCUUUUCGAUCGGUAAGACUUCUAACGAAAGACCUUUUUACGUUGCAGCGAAAAAGGAGCCGAAUGGCAAUCGCGAAAAAUAUCUGUUCAUGCGAGAAAACGAGAAAGAGAGAGAAAUAGAGAGAGAGAGAGAGAGAGAGAGAGAGGGAGGGAGAGGGAGUAAAGUUUAAAACAAAAUGAAAACACAAUAGACGAUGCGAUAGAACGAAACGACUUGUAGCGAAGUUGGGGGAGAAACGAGCUAGUAUCGGUCGCGAACGAUUGGAUUUUUAUCGCGUUGACGGCUGAAAGAGAAAUUGGAAAUCGGCCGCGAUAGGACGGGGGAGGGCGACAGCCGCGCGGCGUAUUCGCGAGGACGUGAACGCGUUCGAGAAGAAUAAGAAACGCACGCGACGUCGCUGUGAUGAAAUGGAAAAAUUUCGACGGGAACUUCAGCCGCGACCGAGCCAUAAAUUACGUUGUUUAACGAACACCGGUAGCAAGAGCUGCGCAAAGCCGUCGUCGGUUUACGUUAUCUUGAUAUUUGCAUAAAAUUAUUGCAGUCGAUCGUCGCGAAAACAAGCUGUUUGCAGAUUGUCGUCUGUCUAUAGAAAUCUGCGCGAGGCGACAACGGGAACGAAGUUGAGGAAGAAUAGGGAACGCGGAGAUAAGCAACUGCGGUUGACAGACGGGGAAUAAAAAGGCGCGCAAAACGAGAAACAGGCGGUUCGCGUUGUCGGAUUGCGUAACCGAACGGGACCGAACGAAACCGUGAGAGAUAAAAAUCUGAUUCGUGCGCAAACGGCUGAAAGUAAAUUAAGAAAGAAAAGGAAAAAGGAAAAAAAAAAAAACGAAACGAAAGAGGAAGACGGAGAAAGAAAAAAAAAAAAGAAAGAAAAAGAGAAGAUCGGCGACGAAAGGCGACGAGAAGCGUGAAAAAAAAGGCGAAAAGCCAAAGGGGAGGAAACGAAGAACGAUAAACGCGCGUUGGCCCGAAUAAGAGGAAGUAAGCACAAGCGGGUACGAGACGGCGUGCGAAGCGGGAUGACGUUGUUUGCGACGUCACUCGCAAUUGCAGCGAGCUCGAGGAUGCGACCGCGUGCGUCACGUGGAGCUGAAUCCGGGUUUUAAACGGGUGAUGAAGAAUCGGCGAGCAGGUACCAUCGACGGCUACGAUAACACGAUUUUUGUUGAGAAAUGGCAGAAACAGGCAGCUAGCCUGUUUGCGGCGGAUGUCGUGACGAUUUCAAUUGACGGCCGGACGACGCGACGUUCAUUUCACACGAGGACAAAGUCUCGCGCGUUCGAUCGGGCCGCACGUUUUCUUUUAUUGGGACGACAGGAACGAAUGCGCGCGUUGAAAUAAACUCGAAACGAGAAUAAACGAGAGGAAACGGCGCGACGAAACGAGACGAGGUGAGACGAGACGAGACGAGACGAGACGAGACGAGAACAAGGACGGGGGAACGGGUCGCCGAACGAUUCGCAUCUCUCGUUUCUGCAACCUUUCCAGCCCGACCGUCCGUCGCGUGGACGGACAAAUUGCCGAGACGUUCUCGUUAGUUUCCAGCGUUUCCUCGCGGUUUGCCGCGCGUUUAGAGCGAAUCACGACGCGUCGCGAGUCGCAACGACGCGCACACGUUCGUUCACCGACCAAGGGAACGAGGCUCGCAUUCCGUUCUCGUUGCGAAAUCGUCGCCGCGUGCCGUGUUACCCCGUCAAACUCGUACUCUUCCUCUUUCCUUUCUUUCUUUCUUUAAUUGCCGCAAAUUUUUAUCGCCACUCGAAGAUAAGCCAACGUCGAAUCGAUGUUGUGCGACAGGUGGGAGGAGAUCGAGCAAAGUACAAGUACCGCAGUGAAGACGAAAGGAGAAGACGCGGAGACAAGGACAGAGACGAGGAGGAAGGGAUCGGCGACGGAUGAGCAGCAGCCAGCGGUGAGGCGGAGGGACGCCGUCGAAGACGACGAUGUUCGGGAGGAUCGGAAGAGAGGAGGUGUUCACCGGCAAUGGCUGAUCGCGGCUGGCGCUAUGCUCGCGACGUAUAAGAACGCGCGAAGACGUGCGUUCGCCGCGCUUUACGCGAUCCCGAAUUCGAAGCAGCAGAAGCGUUUCGUAGCGCCGCUCGUUACCUCGGUAGCGGGACACAGAGAGAGAAAGAGAGUCGACCGUAGAUGGUAGAUUCAAACGGAGGACAAUCGCGACGACACUCAUCCGCGAAUCGGUACCGAUCGUUGCUGACCGCGUGUUUCUCGCGCACAGAAGAGAUUGCGUAGUUUCGUAGGUCGUGCGGUUUGCGAUGCGCGACGCGAAGCGACGCUGGAUCGUGGUCGUGAUCGCGGUCGUGAUCGUGGUUGUCGAAUGAUCGCGAGAGAAGCGAGGCUGGUGAAGCAGCAACAGGGACGAAAACGUUUCGGUGAAGCGCGAUUCCGCGAGGAGAGGAUAACACCAGGAGGUGGUGGUCGCCCCCGCUGGUGCAUGCCCUCGAAAACGCGUAGCGGCGGUCAUGCCGCGUGACUCGAGCCAGCAUCAUCAUCAUCGUCGUCGUCGUCGCCGUCGCCGUCGUCUUCGCGUGACCGUCGAAUCGCCGAGGAUCAUCGACGUAACGAAGGUGUCGUCGUCGUGGUGGUCGUUGCUGCUCGUGAAACGCGCUGGUGAAACGACAGCGUCGGAAACAUGAGCUCGAUCGACUUCGACGAGGUGUUGGUGCACGUGGGCGAGAAGGGCAAAUAUCAGAACAUCAUGUACUAUCUCCUCUGCAUAUCGGCCACUCUUCCCGCGGCUUUCCUCGCGUUUUCCCAAGUGUUCGUGAGCGCGUCACCGGAGCAUUGGUGCAGGAUUCCGGAAUUGGACAAUCUGACUGAUCUGAUGACGUUGGAGGAGAGGAAGGCGCUCUCGUUGCCCUACGUCGAGAAGUCGGAUGGCAAGGUGAAGAAGUACUCCAAGUGCAAGAUGUACGACGUGAACUACACGGCGAUCGUGGAGUCGUGGCUGGAGAACGCUGUCCUCGAGAACGCGACGGAGGAAGAUGGCGAGGCGAAGCGGACGAGAUCGAGGAGCGGAUUGCCACCGCCGCCGGUCGGUAACCCGGACUGGCCUGUGACCAAGUGUCGACACGGAUGGAUCUACGACAACCGAGACUACGACAGUACCCUGGUCACCGAGCUAGACUUGGUAUGCGACAACAGCUGGUGGCCUUCCACAUCUACGACCUUCUUCUACGUCGGCAGCCUGUUUGGGAACGUGGUGUUCGGCUGGAUCGCGGACAAAUGGGGCAGGAGGACGGCGUUCUUCGCCAUACUCUUCCUCGAGGUGAUAUUCUCCAUCGCCACCAGCUUCAGCCCCAACUACGUCAUCUAUACGGCGCUGAGGACCGUGAACGGCCUCUCCUUUCCAGCCAUUUAUCAGAUCCCCUUCAUACUAGCUCUGGAGUUAAUGGGCCCGAGGUACAGAACGUUCGCCGGAAUGGUUAUUUGCAUGUUCUUCGCGUCGGCGAUGUCUCUUCUAGCCGUGCUGGGUUACUUGCUCAGGCAUUGGUUCACCCUUUCGUUGGCCACCUCGGUUCCAUUCGUUCUUCUCUUCAGUUACUACUGGAUCAUUCCCGAGUCGCCGCGAUGGCUGCUCAGUAAGAACAGGAUAGACGAGGCGGAGGUGAUCGUUCAACGAAUGGCUAAGAUCAACGGUAGAACGGUGCCGAAUAACUUUCUGCGCAAAAUGGAGGUGGAGAUACUGCGGAGGCAGGGUGUGUCGUGCAACGGGACGAACUCGGGCGAGAACCCGGAGUCGAACGAGGCCGAGGACCGAUCGCCACCACCGGCGGCCACGCCGAUGGACCUGAUCAGGAACCCGAACAUCAGGAAGAAGUUCUUCAUCUUGGCGUUCGACUGGGUGGCGAACGCGGUCGUCUACAACGGGCUGUCGUACAACGCGACGAAUCUCGGUGUCUCCGAUUACCUAGCCUUCUUCAUUGGCGGACUGGUGGAGAUACCCUCGUACGUGAUAACGUGGUACGCGAUGGAUCGGCUGGGUAGAAGAUGGGUGCUCUGCCUGACGAUGCUACUCGGUGGUGUCGCUUGCGUCUCUUGCAUGUUCGUUCCCGAAGACGCCGUAUGGGUGACAGUGUCACUGGCGAUGAUCGGCAAGUUCGGCAUCGCCGCGUCGUUCGCAGUUUUCUACGUGUUCGUCGGCGAGCUGUUGCCAACGGUGUUGAGAUCGCAGGCAAUGGGCAUCGCCUCGUUCAUCGCUGGUAUCGGGUUGCUCGCAUUCCCGUACAUCGUUCAUCUGGCGGUGUACUCGAGGGUCCUGCCGCUGAUCAUAAUGGGCACACUGAGCGUCGCUGGUGCCCUCACGUCCAUCUUCUUGCCGGAGACUCUCAACAUUCACUUGCCGCAAACGAUCGAGGAGGGAGAGCUGUUCGGGGCCGACUUCAAGCUCUGGUCCUGUCCAACGUUGCCAAGGUCGGUGUCCUCGUCGCCAUCUUCGUCUUCACCACCAUCCUCCUCGCCAUCGUUGUCCUCGCAGUCGUUGUUUCCGCGCGAGAACGACGACGACGCGUUUAUCAAGAAGGAGAGCGUGGACAAGUCGGAGUCGGUGCCAUUGAGAUUCCUGGUGAACGGUCGGCCGGGAAAUCGUUCGUUGCAAGAGGAACCGGCAGCAACGGGAGCAGCAACGACGCCAGAGGCCAAGCUAGACACCGAGAAUUCGGUCCUGUCCGUGGAGCGCGCGAGCACAACCGGACAGGAGAGCGAGGAGGAACUCGCGCGUCCCAUCGAUAAACGCGUCGACGAUCCAUUAGUCGCCGUUGUCAUCGUGGAACAAAGACGAACGCAGUGAAUGGUAGAUACGAUCGACGUUCGCUAUCUACGACAGAUCGAUGGACGGACACACACACACGUGCGUGCGUCUCUGUCGGUACUUCAAGUGCUAUUUAUUCCGUUUUGCGGUAAAUCGUGCGAAACGCAAUU